UUCGUCACAGGAGAACCUGUAACAGGAAAAAAGAGAUCCGCGCACACAAGCAGAAAUCUCACGCUUUGCUCAGCGACUCCUGAAGGAUCAUAGUUUAAUCGUGAGCGCGAUCUCCAGCUACCGCGCAUAUGCAUUUAACUAAUGCUAUUCUUUGCACGGAGAUAGGAUUGUAAACCUGGAGGUUCUGCUUUUGUUUUCUUCGUUUUUUGUUCCUAUAAACGCACUGUGAUCACGAGCAAGCGAAGAAGUUUUCGCUCCUCUUCAGGAAUGUCCCAGAAGGAGAGACCCAUUUUCUACCGACAGGAGCUCAACAAGACUGUAUGGGAGGUACCGGAGAGGUACAAGGGCUUGUCACCCGUGGGUUCCGGAGCUUAUGGAACCGUAUGCUCGGCAAUUGACGUAAAGACGGGACUGAAGGUUGCGGUGAAGAAGCUGUCCCGGCCGUUUCAGUCCAUCAUCCACGCCAAGCGCACAUACAGAGAACUGCGGCUGCUGAAGCACAUGAAACACGAGAAUGUAAUUGGCCUUCUGGAUGUUUUCACGCCCACCAUCGGCCUAGAAGAAUUCAGUGAUGUGUACCUGGUGACUCACCUGAUGGGCGCAGACCUCAACAAUAUUGUCAAGUGUCAGAAGUUGACGGACGACCACGUGCAGUUCCUUAUUUACCAGAUCAUACGGGGAUUAAAGUACAUUCACUCAGCAGACAUCAUACACAGAGAUCUUAAACCCAGUAACUUGGCUGUUAAUGAAGACUGUGAACUUAAGAUUUUGGACUUUGGCCUGGCCCGGCUCACGGAUGACGAGAUGACGGGAUACGUGGCCACCCGGUGGUACCGUGCCCCGGAAAUCAUGCUCAACUGGAUGCACUACGACAUGACAGUGGACAUCUGGUCGGUGGGCUGCAUAAUGGCCGAGCUCCUCACAGGACGGACCCUGUUUCCCGGCACUGACCAUAUUGAUCAGUUGAAGCUGAUCUUGAUGCUCGUCGGGACCCCAGGGCCAGAGCUCUUGUCGAAAAUCUCUUCGGAGUCUGCAAGAAACUACAUCAACUCUCUACCGCAAAUGCCCAAGCGAAACUUCGCAGAUGUGUUUAUCGGUGCAAAUCCAUUAGCUGUCGACCUGCUGGAGAAAAUGCUGGUUCUGGAUACAGAUAAGCGGAUCACUGCGUCAGAAGCUCUCGCCCACCCAUACUUCGCCCAGUACCACGACCCAGAUGACGAGCCAGAGGCAGAACCCUACGACCAGAGCUUUGAGAGUCGCGAGCUAGAAAUUGACGAGUGGAAACGUCUCACGUAUGAGGAAGUGGUCAGCUUCGAGCCUCCCGUGUUUGAUGGAGAAGAGAUGGAGUAGUGAGGAAUCCCAUAAGCCAUCGACUCGCCAGACUUUCAUCCGUACAGGAAAUGACAUUUAAGUGCCUGCCAUCAUCAACUGCUGGCUUCCUUCGUUCUCCGAGACCGCUUAACAAUGCCUUCAUAAACACUCAAUGUCACAUGAGGGAAGGAAAAACACAUGCCAACUUCUCUGCUCGAAUUGCUAAAGGACACGGAAUGUAACUUUUGGGCUCCGUUUUCAUGCCCCACCCUUCUUUCUACUCCCAAAAUUAACAGCUUUCGUUGCCAGAGUGUAGUCGAACAAGAAACCAAAACUCAACCAGUCAGAUUACUAUCAGCUUUCGGGUAUAUUUAGUGGCGCAAAACAUUUACCUUGCUUAUAGCCUAUACAAUGCCGAAGGCCAGACAAACUGAGUACUGUCGUGAUACUAAGUUUUAGAUAUGUAAAUAAAAGGGCACAGCUGUAAAUAAACAUUGAUGUGCGAUUUAAAUUUUAUUUACGUUUUGCAGCAAAGCAUCGCAGAAUGUGACCUUUGUUAUAAAUCACAAAAAACGAACUAAACCGUAAAUCAAAUCGGAUACAGAGAAUGUUAUUACUAUUUAGAAUGUAAACAGAUGAGUAUGCGGAUACUCUCUGUCAUUGACAAUAGUAGAUGAUGGGAAUAAGAAAUAAAUACUGCUUAUAAAAUGCACUCAUGCUCGAAAUAUCUUGGAAAUUAUUAAAGGGAUAGUUCACCCAAAAAUUAAAAUUCUGUCAUAAUUUACUCACUUGAAUUUUUUUAUAUCGAUUCAUCUGAAAAACAAAACACUUACAGGUUUAGACCAACAUGAGAAAGAGAAAAUGACGACAGAAUAUUUAUUUUUGAAUGAACUGUCCCUUUAAGAGAAAAUCGUUUAAAUGGUGUUCAUCACAAUAUUUGACAUGGUUGAAUCUGGAAAAAAAAUAUGUUAGUCACACAUUUCACACCAAGAUCAAAAGAAAUUUUGACUGAGGUUCAAGAAUAUCUCACUAUCGUAAUGAAUAUGAAAAAACGAUCAUAUAAAUUAAAUAGUAUUUAUACAUCAUAGUUGUAUUUGUCCAUACAAAUACAGAAGUAAAUCUAUAUAUAAUGUGAACGAGAAUCGCAAACAGGAAAUUAGAACAGGAAAAACUUCUAGUGUAUUCUAGUAAGAAUUUGGUUGUCGUUGAAAACAAUGUCCAAUUUUUUUCCUUUGAUUUCGGUUUGAAAUGUGACUUGGAUAUGUUCUUGAGAUUCAACGUUGUAUCUGCCUGAUGCUCCUCCGAGUUAUUGGUCUGUUAUUAAAAUGCAGGCCGCUCCUCUAGCUAGACUAGAGUAUGGUUUCUCUUAUUAAUUUAUUAUUUAUAGAAAUUGAGAGAUGAGUUUAAAAUGGUGAACGUGUUUUUAACAGGAAGUAUAUCAGAAUAACUUUAUUGCAUUGUGGUGCACAUACACCAGUUCUCCAUUUUUAUGCUACACCUUAGAUCAGGCUGCUCAAACUAUCUUAAAUACCUUACAAACAAAUUUUCACUUUUUAAAUGAUCUUAAAAGCUUUGAUAAAAUCAACAGUAGCAAGACUGACAUGGUUUUUAAAAAUAUAAAACAAUUAUAUUUACAACAAAUUAUUUCACGGACCCCCUGGCUAAGCAAUGAGGACCACCCAGACCCCCUGCCUUAGAUCACAUGUUUAGCCUAAAAGUCCAUGUUUGUGAAAAAUGUAAAGAUCCUGAGCCAAUACUGCUGUUAUUGUGUUGAGCCUGAUGAUUUAACAUCCCAGUUUAAGAAAUUCCUGUCUCUUCGGGAAUGUGUUUGUGUGGCAAUCAGAGCCGAUAUCUAAGUUAUUGUAUCAGUUCAGUUGUUUAUGAUUGUUUUUAAAGUGUCUUCUUUUUCACUGUAUAUUAUUACUUAAUUUUAUUCAGCAAUAUUUUCUGCGUUGAGCAUGUAUUUGUAAUGUGAAAGGGGUGUUUCUGUUUGUAUGCACAUUUACAGGAAAAUCACAAAACGUGUCUGUCAUUGAAAAGAUAUCAUGGUGCAAAUCUGUUAAGUAUGGUUUAUAUUUAGUUUUGUUGCAUGGUAUGCAUUUCUCAUGGUUGAGGUCAUCAUACCUCUCAUUCAGGCAUAUAAUCGGUUUUCCUCAUUCACUCAUACGUUUAGUGGUCUGUGGAUGACCACUGCUAUACAGAAAUAAAGGCAAUUAUUUUUCACAACAUA